AUGACCUGUCUCUUACAUUCUCCUAAUAUGCCAUUUACGACUCGUAGUAGGAAGAGGAUGUCUACCCUCCUUAACAUUCUCACUAUUUGGCUACUGGGUUAUUUCUGCAGUGCUGAGAAGACAGUGUUCCUGUCUGGAAAAUCUGCAAGCAGUGUUUUACUGCGACAGAAGAGAUACAAUACAGGUCGGCUGGAAGAGUUUAUUGCUGGAAACCUUGAGCGGGAAUGUUUAGAAGAGAGAUGUGAUUAUGAGGAGGCGAGAGAGGUUUUUGAAAAUGAUGUGAAAACAAAUGAAUUUUGGAAGCAAUAUGUUGAUGGAGAUCAAUGCUUAUCAAAUCCAUGUCGAAAUGGCGGUGUGUGUAAAGAUGACGUCAGCACUUAUGUAUGCUGGUGUGCACACGGAUACGCGGGAAAGAAUUGUGAAUUAGCGCUGCCAGUUACUUGUUCCAUUUCCAAUGGGGGUUGUCAACAAAUGUGCAAAGACCAUCCUGUAAAAAAGGUUAUAUGUUCAUGUGCAAGUGGAUACAGAUUGGCUGAAGAUGGCAAGACAUGUGAAGAUGCAGUACCUUUUCCAUGCGGAAAGGUUAGCGCACCUGAAGCUCUUCCAAAGCACGUGACCCGUUCUCUUUUGGACCCAGAACAAUUUAAUGCCACGGAAAGUAACACACAAAAUGUAACAGAGUCUCUGGGAAAUUCUGAAGACAUUGUGCCUGUAACGGAAGAUCCUGACGUACGCAUUGUUGGGGGAACCGAUAGUCUGAGGGGUGAAUUUCCAUGGCAGGUUCAGUUAGUCAAUAAAGAGAAGGUGGGAUUCUGUGGUGGAAGCAUUGUCAAUGAAAAGUGGAUAGUGACCGCAGCCCAUUGCUUUAUCACUGUUGGUGAAUUCACUGUAACUGCAGGUGAACAUAACACUGAGGUUAAUGAUGGAACUGAACAAUAUAGGGAAGUAGCAAAAAUAAUAGUUCACCCCACAUAUAAUGCCUCAAGGAGCAAGUUCAACAAUGACAUAGCCCUUCUAGAGCUAGAGAAGCCAUUGGAGUUAAAUGACUAUGUAAGACCGAUCUGCAUUGGAAACAAGGACUUCACAGAAAGCCUGAUGAAAAGUCAGCAGUUUAGUAUUGUGACUGGCUGGGGAGAUGUGAGAUACCGCGGACGGCCAGCCAUCAUUCUCCAGAAACUGGCAGUGCCAUACAUUAACCGUGCCGCAUGCAAGAGUUCUAGUCGAUCUACUGUCAGCAUAAACAUGUUCUGUGCGGGUUAUCCAGACCAAAGCAGAGAUGCAUGUGAGGGGGACAGCGGCGGCCCCCAUGCAACAGAAUACAAGACAUUUUGGUUUUUGACAGGUAUAACCAGCUGGGGAGAAAAAUGUGCAGAGAAAGACAGAUAUGGAGUAUACACCAGACUUUCUAGAUAUACAGACUGGAUUCGUGCUAUCACAAAACUCUAGUUAUUCAUACUGCUUCCUUCCCUUUUUAUAGGUUGAUUAAAAAUAAAGCUGAAAACCUAA